AUGUGGGACACGAUCCAAGACGUCCAUUCAAUCAUCUACGCCUACGCGGGUCCGCUCACGACCUACCUCACGGGCGGUGCCUGCUGCGACACCGACAUCAUUUGGCACGACGCCUUGCGCAAGGGCUGGUGCGGCGACUUCGCGCUGCUGCCGCCCAAGACCAUCACGUACGACGACUGCCGCUCGAUUUCCUUCCGCGCCACGUAUGCGCACGUCAAGAAUUAUAUUCAGAGCUGCGUGCGCGGCGGCAUCAGUCGUCGCGUCGUCCUCACCCACCUCCGCGCCGCCGCGAUGGAGAACGUCUGGUGGGACGAGAUCGACAUUGCCGACCCCCGAGUCCUCGCCGAAGCCGCCGUCGUUGGAGGCCACACCGACCUACUACAGAGUCUUUUGUGCGAUCACGACGUCGACGCAGCCAGCCUGUACAGCGCGCCGUCCUGGGAUGGACUGCAGAAAACGACACCGACGGACCGCGCCAUGGCCAAGGCGGCGGCGCACGGGCGCUUGCACGUUUUGGAGUUGCUGCAUGUCCUUGGCAAGAACAAGUGCUCGACGACCGCGAUGGACUUGGCCGCGACCAAUGGUCACCUGCAUAUCGUGCAGUGGCUCGCCACGCACCGGCGUGAAGGCGGCAGUUGCGCGGCUGUCGACGGCGCCGUUGCCAAUGGCCACUACAAGGUGGCAGCGUACCUGCGGGCACAUCUACGUCUCGACGCGUCGGCUUCCGCACUGCGCAAGAUAAUUGAAGCCGAUAACAUUGACGCAGUGCGCUACCUGCACCAGGUCUGCAACGCACCGUGCCCGUCCCAUCUCAUGGACCAGGCGGCGGCUGGUGGCCACCUCAAGAUCAUCCAGUACCUCCACACGCACUAUGACGACGUCUGCUCGACGAACGCCAUGGACUUUGCGGCGCGCAACGGCCACUUAGAAACGAUGCAGUGGCUCCACCGCCACUGCAACGGCGGCUGCUCACGCCGCGCGAUAGACCUCGCUGCCACCAACGGCCAUCUCCGUGUCGUCCGGUUCCUACUCGACGCGCGAUCCGAAGGCUGCCCCGUGAGCGCAGCGGCACGAGCGGCAAGUGCCGGGCACUUGAACGUCGUGGACUAUCUCAUCAAAAAGCGGCCGCAAAAUCUUCCGCGCGACUCAGAAAGCAAGCCUUUGGCCUGA